AUGAUGCUUCGCUCGACGAUGUCACUUCCCGGCCGACGAGUUGGCCGACUGGAGCUCGAGUUCAUCCACGCAACCAUUUGCAGGGUGGAAUGUUCUGUUGCCAAGCCGACAGAGCCGUCUCGCUCUGUCCCCCGAUUGUUGGGCGAGCAAAGAGACAAUGGCUUAUCAAAGUGCACAGGAGAAAACAAUACAAAAUGCCAUAGUCCCCUUCGCCUCGCUCUCUAA